AUUGGCUACGGGUUAUGGUGGCUCGUGCUGUAUACAUCUGUUAACUUUUGUUAAUUUCUGAGUAAUUACAUCUCCAAAUCGUGUGUGAAGAUUCGCAGGCUGUGUGUAAAUGGGAGGUCUUCAAAAGAAAAAGUUUGAGAGGGGCUCUGCCACCAACUACAUCACCAGAAAUAAGGCUCGCAAGAAGCUGCAGCUGAGCCUCCCAGACUUCAGGCGACUAUGCAUCCUUAAAGGCAUCUACCCUCAUGAGCCCAAGCACAAGAAGAAAGUGAACAAGGGCUCCACCGCCCCGAGGACCUUCUACCUGCUCAAAGACAUCCGCUUUCUGCUGCAUGAGCCGAUAGUUGGCAAAUUCAGAGAGUACAAGGUGUUUGUACGCAAACUUAAGAAGGCAUAUGGAAAAACAGAAUGGACUUCAGUGGAGAGACUGAAGGAGAACAAGCCAACCUAUAAAUUGGACCACAUCAUCAAAGAAAGGUACCCCAGCUUCAUUGAUGCUCUCCGUGAUAUUGAAGAUGCACUGUGCAUGUGCUUCCUCUUCUCUACCUUCGCCCGAACAGGAAAAUGUCAUGUGCAGACGAUCCAGCUGUGCAGACGCCUCACUGUGGAAUGGAUGAACUAUGUGAUCACAUCUCGUGCUCUCAAAAAGGUUUUCAUCUCCAUCAAGGGAAUAUAUUAUCAAGCUGAGGUGAUGGGGCAGCUCAUUACAUGGCUGGUGCCAUAUCAGUUCUCUCAUGAUCACCCCACAGAUGUUGACUACAGAGUAAUGGCAACUUUCACAGAGUUGUACACCACGCUCAUGGGGUUUGUCAACUUCCGACUCUACCACUCCCUCAAUCUGCUUUACCCACCAAAGCUGGACAGUAAAGCUGAGCUGGAGCUGAAGGGCGAGGAUGAGGAUGACUACGCCAUGAAUUCAGAGAGCUACUUAGAGAAACUGUCAGCCCUGAGUGCCAGUCUGGCCCGAGUGGUUUCUGCUGCAGAGGAGGAGGAGGCUGAACUGGAUCAGUUUCCUGUUGAAGGGGAGGACAUGGAAAAGAUGGAGGCCAGAGAGAAAGAACAGAUACAGCAGGAGGCCCAGACAAAGAUUUUUGAGGGGCUCAAGUUCUUCCUCAACAGAGAAGUGCCCAGAGAGUCACUGGCUUUUGUCAUCAGGUGUUUUGGUGGUGAAGUGUCCUGGGACAAGUCUGUUUGCAUGGGGAGCACAUACGAUGUGACAGAUGAGACCAUCACGCAUCAUAUUGUUGACAGACCCAACAUAGACAAACAGUAUAUCAACAGGUACUAUAUCCAGCCCCAGUGGCUGUAUGAUUGUGUCAAUGCCAAAUUAGUCUUACCCGUGGAGGACUACUUCCUCGGAGUGACUCUGCCCCCCCACCUCUCUCCUUUCGUGGAGGAGAAGGAUGGAGACUACGUGCCCCCAGAGAAACUGAAGAUCAUGGCCUUACAGCGGGGAGAAAAUCCUGCUCAAGAAGAGGAGGAGGAAGGUGAAGAUGACGAGGAAGAGGAGGAGGAAGAUGACGAUGAUGAAGAAGAGGAAGAUGAUGAGGAAGAGGCCGAGGAGAAAAAUCUGAAGAAGAUGGAAGAGCAAAGAUCUCAGGGCAAAUUGCCAGUGAAAGUGACCCCUGGAAAAAUGAAAGUGGAAAACCCGGCACGCUUGGAGGAGGAGGAGAAAGCAGAGGAGAAGCGCCUGGCCAUCAUGAUGAUGAAGAAAAAGGAGAAGUACCUCUACGACAAAAUCAUGUUCGGAAAGAAGAGAAAAGUCCGAGAGGCUAACAAGCUUGCUGCCAAGAGGAAAGCCUUUGAUGAUGCUGAAAAAGCGAAGAAGAAAAAGACCAGAAAAUGAUCCAUCAGAUGAUUUAUUGUUCAGACUGACUUUAUGUAUUUAACUUUGAGGUCGAAUGCAUUACAGGUUUACAUGUCAUGAAACCUAUAAGUGCAUUUCAGAGCUCUGUGAGCAAGUUACAUGCAGUUAUGUGGGUGCAUUAACCUCUGCAUAAUUUCAAGCUGAUAUCCAGGAUGUGGCAUAGUGCUAAUUGUGUAAUUAUUGUUGUAAAAGUGACUGUUUUGUUUGUAUGAACUCUUCUCUACUAUUAUACAAUACACAAGAUACUCCUUUCACUUUAUUUUAAGAUCUGUACUUGAACCGGUCUGUAUUUUAAAGUAAAAACACCGUUUAUUAA